CAUGGAGAAGAAGCAGAAGAGCAUUGACGACAUCCUCCCUCAUGACCUGAUUCACAGAAUCUUACUGAGAGUGCCGGCCAAGCAUCUCGCUCGCCUCAGGUGUGUUUCGAAGCUCUGGUACUCUCUAAUUUCCGAUCCACAAUUUGCGAAAUUGCAUUUUCACCACUCUCCCGCAGCCACCAACGCAACCAUCUUCAUAGACCACAUAAACCGCACUGUGGCUUACUUCGUUUACUUAGAAGCACUAUUUAGUGACGACAUUGAUACAUCACCCGUAAAAGUGGUGCCUCCCCCUUUCAAGAAGAAAAAGCCACCUACUGAUUUUGAGUUCCUGGGAUCCUGCAGAGGCUUUGUUCUUUUACAUCGAGACCCACAUUUUCUUGUGGUAUGGAACCCACUGACUGGAUACAGCAAAAGAAUAUCCUACUCUCGUAUUGCUUCUCGUUGUGUGUACAAGGAUAUUAGGCUUCCCUGCAAGUUCUAUCUGUAUGGAUUUGGUUAUGAUGCUUCACAGGAUGACUACGUAGUUGUUGUAGCUUGGCAGGAUAAGGAUUACCAUUAUCACUUGGAUUACUUGUCCUUGAGAACCAAUUCAUGGAUUAAUCUCGAUGCUGCAUUCUCCAAACCCUCGGGUGUUUUUGACAUCAAUUCUUGUGGGUUGUUCUUGAAUGGUGCUAUUCAUUGGCUGCCUCACUCUCCUAAAACUUUUAGGGAUGCUAUUCUUAUCUUUGAUCUGAAGGAGAGGACUUUUUCAAGGAUAUCUGGGCCGGAACAACCUGUAAUGAGUGCAUUCUCCUAUUCAAAUCUCGCCCUACUAGGAGGCUGCCUAGCCUUGUAUUAUCGCAAUGAUUUUAGCCAUAAAACUCACAUAUGGGUGAUGAAAGAAUAUAAAGUGCACUCAUCUUGGACUCUCUAUGAGAUUCCUUGCAAAGUCUAUCAGCUAUUCUGCUUAUCCAGUAAUGGUGAUAUUAUUGUAAGAGGUUAUGAUAAAGUAGAAAUAGGUUACUUCAUAUAUAAUGUCAGAGGAGACCUGCUCACACAUUUUAAAGAUCUUUAUUAUCCAUUCCGAAUAACGGAUCCUGUGUAUACAGAGAGUCUCUUGCCAUUCCCUAGUGACAUUAAGGAUAAGGAUAAGAAGAAGAUGAAAAAGAAGAGGAAGGAAAACAGUGUAAUGCAAUGGUGAUCUUUUCUGUAGGCCAACAGAAUCAGAAAGAUGUCAAACAAGGAAAGAGAAUUUAGAGAGAAUGACUGAACAACAGAGACACUUAAUUCUACUGGAAAGUUGCGGAUUGGUGUGGCUGAGCAAACUCUCUUAGCUGCAUUAGGCCAAGCAGCAAUACAGAGUGAAGAACAUUGUAAACCACCUGCUGGUACUAAAUCUCCUUUGGAAGAGGUGAGUUAAUCUCAUUGUUAGUUUGUUUUUGAUUUGGUGUUACAUGGUGCAAGGAGUUAAUCAGUAUAAACAGCUAGCUCCUCGGCUUUCCUAGCUCCAUUGUCUCGGAUAGGGACCAAUCUUUAUGAGUCACUUUUGGCGGAGAUUAUUUAACUUGCAAGCCACUACUUUAUCAUUGAGCUCGGCAUACCACCCACAAACGGACGGAAAAGUAAAAUAGUGAAUAAGACAUUGGAGAUGUAUCUUCGUUGCUUCUGUUUCGAGAAUCCCAGGUUAUGGUUCGAUAUGCUACCUUAGGCCCAGUAUUGGUAUAACACUUCUUAUCACAGAAGCAUCAAAAUGUCCGCAUACAUGGCUCUAUAUGGUCGUGCCCCCCCAAGUCUCAUUAGAUAUGAAUUCUCUCAUGUUGACGAACCACUUAAGGCCAAUCUCAAUCGUGCCCAACAAUAUAUGAAGACGUUUGCAAAUAAAAAUUAUUGCAAUGUUGAAUUUGAAGAGAAUGAUAUGGUACUGGUUCGUUUACUGCCUUACCGCCAAUACUCAGUGGCUUUGAGGAAAAAUCAGAAGUUAGGAAUGCGAUACUUUGGACCAUUUCGCAUUCUCGAAAAACUUAGCUCGGUGGCCUAUAAAGUCGAACUUCCUCCAGAGGCUAAGAUUCAUAAUGUGUUCCAUAUUUCAGUGUUAAAGAGAUUCCAUGGAGAUAACGCUGAUCAGUACUUGCCAUUGCCUCUACAGACUAGUACCAAGGGUCCUUUACUUGAGCCUUUUCGGGUUCUGGGAUUUCGCACCAUUCUCAGACGUGGAAAACCAGAACACUAGGUCCAUGUGCAGUGGGAAAUUAGAGACACUGCAGAAACAUCAUGGAACCAGUUGCCGACAUGACUCGACUAUACCCUGCUUUCAACCUUGAGGACAAGAUUGAUCUAAAUGGAAAGGGUAAUGUAAGAAAGAGAAUAACAGAAUUGGAUUGGAGUGAGCACUCUAAUGCAAGUACUUCCACUAAGGAGAAGUUAGUUACAGAGCAGAGACACCUGGCUACUGACCCUCCUCCUUCGAACGUGCGUAGAAACAUGAGAGGACGCAUCAUAAAUACCAAAUGGAAGGAUUAUGCAGGGUAGUUUGAGCCUGGUCCUCGUGCACUACGAGCAUCGCUGCGUUUCUACUUCACUUUCUUUUCUUAAUUCAUACCACUGUUUCAUUAGUUUAAUUUUUCUUCAAGUAAUACUACAAACUCAUAUAGUUCCAAAUUCCUUGUAAUUACUCAUCUGAAUCAUCAAUACAACAUUUCUUUACGUCUGUAUUUAAGUACCUUCCAAAGAACAACGCCAGAUAUCAAUAUUGAUUUCAAAUACUGGCUUCGAAAAAACAUAAUACUCAAUGAGUUCACUUUCUCAACUGCCCUAUGGUGGAUUUGGCAUGACCGAAACAAUGAUGUGUUCAAUGGCCAACCUCCCUGCUUUUUUCCUGGACGCCUCCUCCUUCGGUGGUAAUCAAGCUCAAUUGUGAUGCUAGCAAUUUGGAGAACCAACAUGCGUCUUGUUUCGGCUUGUGCGAUGUGAAUUGUUUAGGAUUCUCUGUGAUUUAAUUUUAGCUUGGGAGGGUGGUUGGAAAGAAAUCAUCUAUGAAACUGACUGUCUCAAUACCUAUCACGGAGUCCCCCAGAAUUGCUCUAACAUGGCUGAAGAAGGGACUAAACUCUUUGUGAAGAUUUAUAUUAUGAGGCUCUGAAUAGGGACUACUAGACAAUAAUUAACUAAGUAAAAAGGGUUUGAAGUGUUGACAGAUAUACAGAAUCCCCUAAAAACUAAGAAUUCUGACUCAUCAGCCAGGGAAAGUUUGCUUAUUGAUGCCAGCAGUCGG